AGAAAAAUUAAUGUCAGCUUGAAAAUCCACGAAAUAGUCCUCAAUUUGCGCACUCUUGUGAAACCCUAUUUAAAAUUACGGAAUCCGUGGUCUUCACGAUUCGAUCCGCGACUUUGUCUUCUCCUCUCUCUCUCUUUCUACUCCAUCCGAAAUUGGGGAGGAAAAGUCCCACCCGAAGUUUCUCAGAAUUUUACUUCCUUUUAGUAGAUGAAUCCCUCAGCUUCUUUUGUAGUUCCUGGUGAAUUCGGGUAAGUGAAUGAAGCGGGCUCUCGUGUGAAUCGCGGGUGAGGUUUUAGAAAUUGUUAUAAAGGAUUAUCAAUCAUCGGUUCUGCUUCCGAUUCGGUGGCUGGAAGACAACGUUGGCCGGCGGUAGUUGUUGGUUUCUUCGAUCAUGUUGAUGGCGGAUGAGGGUUCUAAUUUUCCCCUGCAGUUUGGUGCGGAUGGCGAUGACUUCGGCGAAGCUAUGUCCAUUGACUUCGAAACAUUUAUUCAUAUUCUGAACGAGGAUCUGAAUCCUAUGCAGAGUAAGCCAGAGGAUUUGUCAUCAAAUAAUGUAUCGACUAGCCAACCUGCUUUUGAUGCUUCCAACCAAGAAAAUUUCCAACUGCAGAACGAUAUAUCUCAUGGCUUCAUGGAAGAUAUAGAUGUAACUUUGAGAAAUCGUGGCAUUUUGAAUGAAAAGGGCACAGAAACCUUGAGAUCCUCAGAAAAUAAUUCAUGUGCUUCAGUGGAGUUGCCUUUGUUUGAUGCAGAGCACUCUUCAAAAAAAGUGGUUCCUAUUGAGUCCAUAGUAGACCAAAGUUUUGAUUUUGCAACUGACGUUGCGGCCCCUUAUUCAGCUAUGCCAUACUGGACUACAGCUGAGCAACCUUUUCUUGCUUCUUCUCAAUAUUAUUUUCCGAGUGAGUAUGAUUCUCAAGUUGUUUCUGGAAAAGGGGACAUGACAAUGGACAUGAUGCAUGAAGGAGAGUUUCCAUCCAAUAGCCUGUGCUCAAGUAAUAUAAUGAAUUUGUAUGCGCAGGGUGCUACGGGUCAUAAAUCAGUUUCAAGAGAUUCAGUCUCAAAGGAUUUAAUUCUUGAUGGUUACUCAAAUGUAAAGGGAUGGAACCAGAAUUAUGAUAGUGGGAAUUUUAUUUCAUCACUCGAUGGGCAUUAUCCAUUUCAUGCUGACGACCUUCCUAUUGAUCCGGCAUCAAUGGGGCUCCCGAUGUCUACUGGGUUGAAUUCAUCCUGCACAGAUCUUGUUGAUCAAGUGAAGAAUGAAACGAUGGAUUCACUGGUUGAAUCUAGUAGUGGGCCAUGGCAAUCUAUCAAGGUGGAGAACGCGUUUUAUGCAUCUGACAGAGCUUUCAAUUCUCAAGAUAUGGCCUGUGGAACAUCCAGCAGACCUAGUGAUGGCGGGAUCCAGAAUUUAUAUAUAUCUGACCAAUAUUCUCCCAAUGGUCAUUCAUCCAAUUUAAGCAAUCAGACUUUAGCUUUCAUCAAGGAUGGUGAAGAUUGUAAACUAACUCUAUGUAGGAGUGGUGUUGACCAUCCACAAGUCAGCCCUGAAUCAACUCACAGUAAUUUGUCAGACAAGGCCCAUUUGGAGGAUGAUCCAGAUAUCUGUAUAAUUGAAGAUAUGAGUCAUCCGGCACCAUCAAACCGAUCUCUAGUGGUUGGAAACUCUAUUAUUGCUUCACAAGGUUCUAUAGUCAGUGGUUCUCCGAACUAUGUUGGAAUGGGAUUAGGAAGCAUGAGACAUAAAGCAAAAGACAUAGACAUCUUAAAAGUUGCAUUACAGGAUCUUUCUCAGCCGAAAUCAGAAACUAGUCCACCUGAUGGUGUUUUAGAAGUUCCUCUUUUAAGGCAUCAGAGAAUUGCUUUGUCUUGGAUGGUUCAGAAGGAGACAUCUAGUGUACCUUGCUCGGGGGGAAUUCUUGCAGAUGAUCAGGGAUUGGGGAAAACAAUAUCGACAAUUGCUUUAAUACUAAAGGAAAGGCCUCCCCCUAUUAGAGCUUGCCCUAAUGUUAGACAUGAUGAGUUGGAGACUUUAAAUUUGGAUGACGAUGAUGAUAUACUUCCUGAGAAUGAUGGGAAAAAACAAGAAUUUACUCAUCAAGUUCCACCAAGUAACUUAACAAUAAGCAAGAGCACUUCAGAACAAGCUAAAGGCAGGCCAGCAGCUGGAACUCUCGUUGUUUGUCCAACAAGUGUAUUAAGGCAAUGGGCUGAUGAAUUGCAUAAUAAGGUUUCUGGUAAAGCUAAUCUGUCAGUGCUUGUAUACCAUGGAAGUAGUCGAACUAAGGAUCCUUGUGAGCUCGCCAAAUAUGAUGUUGUUCUAACAACGUAUUCAAUUGUGAGCAUGGAGGUACCCAAGCAGUCUGGCGUUGAUGAAGAAGAUGAUGAGAAACGUAAUACAGAGGAUCAUGCUAUUCUACCCAUGCAAUUUUCUUCAAGCAAGAAAAGAAAAAACUUCUCUGGUUCUGAUAGGAAACAUUCAAAGAGCAAGAAGGGAGUGGACAAUGAAAUUUUUGAGUCAGUUGCCCGCCCUCUUGCCAAAGUGAGGUGGUUCCGAGUAGUAUUGGAUGAGGCCCAGAGUAUUAAGAAUCACAAAACACAGGUAGCUAGGGCCUGUUGGGGCCUGCGGGCAAAACGUAGAUGGUGCUUGUCGGGAACUCCUAUUCAAAAUGCUAUAGAUGACCUCUAUAGCUAUUUUAGGUUUCUCAGAUACGAUCCCUAUGCUGCAUAUAAAUCAUUCUGUUCAGCAAUUAAGGUGCCAAUCAACAAGAAUCCAUCCAAAGGAUACAAAAAACUUCAAGCCAUUUUAAGGACAAUAAUGUUACGUCGCACAAAAGGCACACUUCUUGAUGGGCAACCUAUUGUUGCAUUGCCACCUAAAUUUGUGGAACUGAAAAAGGUGGAUUUUACUGAGGAAGAACGUGAUUUCUACUCUAAAUUGGAGGCUGACUCAAGGGCUCAGUAUGAAGAAUAUGCAGCUGCUGGCACUGUUAAACAAAAUUAUGUCAACAUAUUACUGAUGCUUUUGCGCCUUCGACAAGCUUGUGAUCACCCUCUUCUUGUUAAACCUUAUGACUCUAAAUCAUUAUGGAGAUCUUCAGUUGACGUGGCUAAGAAGCUUCCUCGGGAUAAACAGAUUUCCUUGCUGAAUUGUUUGGAAGCAUCAUUGGCUAUUUGUGGCAUCUGUAAUGAUCCACCUGAAGAUGAGGUUGUCUCAGAGUGUGGUCAUGUAUUCUGCAAGCAAUGCAUUUUUGAGCACCUCUCUGGUGAUGACAGUCAGUGUCCUACAGCAGGAUGCAAAGUUCGUCUUAAUGUAUCUUUAUUGUUUCCCAAGUCCGCAUUAUGCAAUUCUCACUCUGAUCAGCUUGGUGAGGAAAAUUCUAUGGUUAGCUCUGGUUCUAUUGUUGGUGACUCAAUGGUGCCCUCUUCAGAUAUGUACGAGUCUUCUAAAAUUAGAGCUGCUCUUGAGGUUCUGUUGUCAUUGGCUAAACCAAAGGACUCUUCUGCAAGAAACAGCCCUGCCCAGCCUGCUCUUGAUGGAGCCAGUAAGAAAUUAACAGAUGCUCCAUCUGCAGAACUGCAUGUAGAAGUUCCCGAGUAUCAAGAUUCAGCUGUGAACAAAAGUUCUUGCGAAUCAAGUAAAAUAGGCGGAGAGAAAGCUAUAGUCUUUUCUCAGUGGACGGGAAUGUUAGAUUUGCUUGAAGCUUGUCUAAAAAAUUCAUCCAUUCAGUACAGAAGACUUGAUGGUACCAUGUCAGUUCUUGCUAGAGAUAAAGCAGUCAAGGAUUUUAACAAUCUUCCGGAGGUGUCAGUCAUGAUUAUGUCUUUGAAAGCUGCCAGCCUUGGUCUAAACAUGAUUGUUGCCUGUCAUGUUCUUCUGUUGGACCUUUGGUGGAAUCCUACAACUGAAGAUCAAGCAAUUGAUAGAGCACAUCGAAUCGGGCAAACCCGUCCUGUUACAGUGCUGAGAUUAACUGUAAGGGAUACAGUUGAGGAUCGUAUAUUAGCCCUUCAGCAAAAGAAAAGAGAGAUGGUUUCAUCUGCAUUCGGAGAAGACGAAGCAGGCGGUCGACAAACUCGUCUGACAGUAGAAGACCUGAACUACCUUUUUAUGAUGUGAUGAUAGAUACAAGAUUAUUCUUUGGAAAUGGCUGAUUUAGGCUAACAUAUGCAUGCACAUAUCAUAUCAAGUUUUGGGUGGCGAAGGCUGGCUGCAUUUGGCUCUAAUCUUACAAAGUAAGUUGUCCAACCAUAUUUACAUUCUUUGGGCAAUUUACGUCACUUUGACCAGAAGAUUUGACGACCGAGCUCCUUUUACCAGAAGAAGACUUGUGAAUAGCAUUUAUAGAAAUCUUUGAAAUUCCAUUUUUGCCCACUGAUUCUUUUGUCACUCCACUCACAAUUUCAUCCCUUUGUUGACUUUUCUUUACAUCCCAUUCCCUUAGUAGUAUAUUCCACAGGUUGUAAAGAUUAGAAAUUUAUAGGUAGGAAAGAAAAUUAAAUCUGUUAAAGACUCUUUUUUUCAAGUGUAAAGAUAUAGAUAGUAUUAUCUUGCUUCUCUCCUUCUAUUGUGUUUAUACAAGUUACCAUAAUUUAAUAGCAAAUUUUAUUCUA